GCUAAUUUAGUUGCAAUUGAGACGCUUUAGAAGUUGGAGGCUGUUUGUACAAAUAAUAAUAGCACUAAUAAUAAUACACAAACAAAUAAUAUAUACAUGUAUAUAUAGUUCAUACAUACAUACAAACAUACAUACUCAAGUGAUGUUACCAAAAAUGUCCAGAAGAGUCACAAUGUUACUUAGCUAUUUGCUAUUGCUCUCACAGUUUAUCAACGCCUUGCCCCAGCCAAACGAUGUGAGCAGUUCUGGUAAAUUGUUUAAAGAUCAACAUCAGAACAACAUUGAAUCAUCAGCAGAUAACCGCAUUGAUCACGAGCACAAUAACAACAACAUAUUAACUAACGAUACCAACAACCCCAGCAACGAUAAUGACGAAUGGAGUGAACGUGACAAAUUACUUUUCUACACACUGGAACAAUUCGCCAUACUCUCAAAUUUUACCGUUGAACAUGGCGUUAAAGUUUUACGCAACGUUCUUAAAGACGCUUCAACACUUAAAGAACCCACCGCGACUUUAUUAGCACAUCUGGGAAAUUUUUCGGACUUCGUAGCACGCGCCGAAAGUUUGGAUAAAUUAAGUGAUGAUGAAAGGGUGGGAGAACUCUACGAUAUGGUUGUACUAUUUACCGAACUUGUGGAACGACACAAUACAACGGCGCUGGCGAAUGCAACAACAACGGAAAACCUGUAUUUGGAGAUGUCGUUAAAGAAAAAUGGCUUGGAUAAAUUACAGGUGGAUUUCUUAGAACGUUUUCUCACUUUCGCCGAUAAGUUUAACGCUCGCAUGGAUAGCUAUUUGGCGAAAUUGUCGGCUGAACAGCGUGUGAAUGAACGGAAAAUGAUUGAGUGGUAUCGAACGUUUAAUGCCGAAUCGGACGCGGAGAAGAGAGUGGAGAUAUUCGCCAAGUUUUUCGAAUUGUACGCCUGAAAGUUUGCAUCUCAGUCAUUGGUGUGUGGUACAGCAUUUUUACGCUGAGAGAAUGUGGAAGAAAGCGACGCUGCCACUGCUACUGCUGCUGCUGCUGCUCACCGCCUUACUCUUAGCACAGUUGGUCGCAACAGAAUCAACGCAACCGGCAGCUAAUGCAGAAGACAUCGUCACCACCAGCAGUAGUAGCACCGAGCUUUUCGAGGCGACCGCAUUGGAUAUUAACGACAAAGACGAUCAUGACGAUGCCGAUGAAGCGACAGUUGACACAUAUGAUGACGACGACGAAGAGACUAGCACAGCGAGUAGGACAAAGGAAACGGCACCGCAAUUAAGUAUAAAAACAACAUUAACCAGUGAAGAUGUUGACGACGAAGAAGGAGCAGAGGAAAGCAUAGAGUCAGAUAAUGGCGAGGGUGUGAGAGAGGAACAAAUCGUUGGUGAAGAAACAAAUGCGCCCGACGUGGGCAGUGGCGUUGGUGAUGCUGAGUGUAGUGGUGAAGGUGCCGUUGCCACAGAUGACAUUAGUAUUGGUGUUGAUGGCGAAGAUAGUGAUGAAACGAGGCGAGAAGUGUCGCUGUCGUCACUUAAGCAACGCGUACGCGAUCGGCUUGCGUUCAUAAUGAUGCGCGAAAUGACACGGAUGAUUGAUUAUGCAUUGGAGCAACAGAGAUCGGUCGUCAACCAGUUUCUACAAGACGAGACAAUUGAGAUGGUGAAAUGUGCGACAAUGGAGGCGGUGAAAAAGAGCUGCGUCUCAUUUAUGGCAGACGUGAGAGACGCACUCAAAAUGGACAAAGGCAAAGAUUUUCUAACACAACUAGCCCAAUUCGGUGUAAAAACGUUGAUGGCGAGAAAUUUCGAAUCAUUUGUGGAGCAGCACAAUACGACGCGAUUAAAGCAGCCAACAGCGGAAAAUGUAAUUAUAGAUAAUGCUCUGAGAAAGGCGGGCGUGAUGCAGAUCGAAAUUGAAAUGCAGAAACGUUUUAUGGAAUUUACGCAAUUAUUUACUACUACUGUGGGUGAUUAUAUGCAAACACUGAAGGAGGAGGACGAGCGGGGUGAUUUCGAUGAGAAGCUGUUAGUGUGGUAUCGGCAAUUUAUGACGGCGACGAAUAUUAGUAAUCAAGUGAAUGUUUUAUGCAAAUUCUUACCAUUGUAUAAAAGUAUUUUUUCCAUUGAAAGUGAUGGUGACUGAGGAUUAGUGAAAUGAUGAAAAAUUAAACAAAUAACAAAAUAUAAGAUUUUUUUUAGUGAUAAAGAGAAGAAAGCAAAUUUUAAA